AUGGGCAAUAACGAUCCGACCAGUGAAUUCAUGUAUCAAAUUCCUCUCCAGGGAUUUAACAAUAAAUCGUUAUCCGAAGGUGGAUUUGGGUUGGGUUUGGGUUUGGGUGGGAAUAACAGCGAGAGAGGUGGUCAACCUUUAGAUCUCAAAGCCCUUAACGAACGAUUACAAACCCUCGGACUAGGUGGACCAUCGAUUGAUUCCUUGGGCACAUCCAUACCUCGUCAACCCCCACAUACCACCACCGAAAACCCCGCUGUACAUACCCAAACCACCUCUGCCAUAUCCCCAUCUCCCACACGGUCACCCAACGCCCAAUCUCAACUCGGAUCCGGAUUCCGUACCAAUCACUUCCUAUCGCCCAACUCAGCAUUCCAGCAGCCGAUUCAGGCCUAUCCUUCCGUCACGGAACUCGCACCGGGAGAUUCGAUAAGUAUGUAUCGACCUGCUCGUGCACCCUCCACAGCGGCUAGAAGUCAAAGGAGAGGUGGGACCAAUGUCGAUCCUGGUGAAACGGGUGAAACGCCUUUCACACCUGAAGAAGCGUACGAGAAUGCUCCAGGUGAUGGAGCGAGCUACUGGUCUCAGGAUGAUAUCACUGCUAGAUCACCAAGAACAGGUGCAGGUGGAUUAGAGGAUGAAGCCUUGACUAUUGGUCCGACAAGCGUAUGGACGAGGGGUGAUAUGGGAAGAGACAUGUACGACCACCGUGAUCGACUUUUACGACAAGAGUCAAAUCGCAACCAAGAACAUAUGGAAGAGUUGCAAAGACAGAUCCGAGAAGCUCAAAAUUUAGCUACUACAGCUACAAAACUCGAAGCUGCAGAAAAGCAAUUGAGAGAGUUACAAGCUAGGUUGAUUGCUGAGCAAGUCGCUAGAACGCAGAUCGAACAAGAAGCAGGAUUGAAAGAAGAGGAAAUGAAGAAUUACCAGAAUGAAUGGGCCAGUGCUGUCCGAGCAUUACGGAGAGCGAGAGACGAAGGUAAAAAGAGUGAUGAGGAGAAAAGGAGGAUACAACGAUGUUUCGAGGAAGCAAGGGACAAACUAUGGAAAUACCACGAAGCUCUGAGAGUACGUGAAGCUAGAGCUCAAGGUAAAGAAGAAGGUAGAGCCGAGGCAUGGCAAGAGGCUGAGCGAUGGAUGGGUAACUCACCACCCAUCCCAGGUGUAGAGCCUGUUCAAAUGGUACCCGGAGCUGUCUUACAUCAGACACCGAUGAUGCAAACGCAAACGCCGUUAUUCCUUCAGUCUCCGACCAACCAAUAUUUCCAACAAGCUGCUCAACAGCCUCAACAGCAAUAUCAUCAGCCUCCACCGCAGCCACAGCAGCAACAGUCUCAACAACGACAUUGGCAAGCACCUGUCUCGCCUGGUAACAACGCUCCAAUGCAAAGUAUCGCUCAGCUCAUGGAGUAUUUCGCUCAAAACCCAGGAGCAUUCCCCCAAUUCCAACAGGGCCAACAACACAUCUCCCCACCUCAACAGAUUCCAUAA